AUGGACCAUCUCGAGACCGUGGGCAAGGUGACCAAGAAGUCGGGCCACCUCCAGGGCCCUUACGUUAAGGCCCUGAGGGAGGCCGCGGCGGACGUCAGGGCGGCGUUCACCGUGAUCGCUGAGAGGAGGGGCGUGGGAGCCCCUCCGAUCGGCGAGGAGAACGCCGCCCUUAAAAGGGAGGUGGAGUCCCUCAGGUCGCAGAUAAGCAUGCUGAGGGAGACCAUCUCCCUCAUGGGCCGGGCGAAAGCGGCAACGUCGUCGAGGGGUGGAGACGCCUGCGACGGGGGGGAGAGUCAGUGGGUGGCUCCCACCCCGUCCUGGGGGACAAGGGACAGGGGCCAAAGACUCCGCCUCGGAGCCCCGGGGCCUCGGAGGUCGGACUCCGUGCUGAGGCCACCCCGCGGAAGAGGGAAGGCCCUCCAGCCGAUAGGGAGGACCCCCUGGCCGCCAUGGAGGCUAAAAUUAUGGCCUCCAUGGGGGCCAUGGUCUCGCGGAGGCGGUGGCACCCUUGGCGAGGCGCGUCAGGGGAGACGAGCCGAGACCAUCACCGCAAGCCGGUCAGGAGGAGUCCGGCGACACGGAGAAGAAGAGGAGGAAGAGAAAGACGGGCAAGAAGGAGGGCGGUGGGGCGAGCGGGGCCCCGCCCGCCCUCAGCCCCCCUCCGGCGUAACAGCGGCCCAGUCGAGCGGUGGCCAGCCCGGUCAGCCAGGCUCUGGUCAUCGGCGAGAAGGAGCAGCCGUGGUCGAAGGUGGUAGGCAGGAAGGCAAGGUCAACCACCCAGCCACCGGCCUCUGCGGGUAA